AUGAGGCUAAAUCCCAACGGCGACGCAUCAACCUUCCCCAAACGCUCAGCCUUACCACACAUCGCCGGCACCCCAAAAGACAACGCGUGGUUCUGGGGCGGCCACGAUGAACUCGGUCGCCUGAACCUCCUCACCCCGGAGCGAAUAGUGAAAGCGACACAAGAAAAUGUCAAAACAGGAGAAUCAGUCUCACUAGACCUGCCCUUGAACGUCCCCGCCCCAGCCUUUUUCGGACGAAAAGGCCUAAAACACCGCAUCAAAACCAUUGCCCCAGGCGCCUUCGACGAUGAACUAGCAUUUAACACGCAGAGCAGUUCGCAAUGGGACGGUUUCCGCCAUUUCGCACAUCCAAAAUAUGAAUGCCACUACAAUGGCGUUCUUUCAGAUGAAAUCAUGGCGGAUGUAGACGACGACGGCGAAGACGGCGACGCAGCACCUGAGCGCUCACGUAAACUCGGCAUCGACGCCUGGGCCAAAAAGGGUAUCAUUGGCCGGGGCGUCCUCCUCGACGUGUACUCCUGGUCCCAGAAAACGGGGAAGGAAUACGACACUUUUACCAACCAUGGGAUUACAGCCUCUGACCUCCUUGCUUGCGCAGAGUCUCAAGGCACAUCCUUCCACACCGGCGACAUCCUCCUCAUCCGCACCGGCUGGCUCUCCACCUACACUUCCCUCUCCCCCUCCGAGAAAUCCUCCCGCAGCACCCUCCCCCACGACCAACACUUCUACGCCGGUCUCGCCGCUGACGAUGCCAUGAAAGACUUUCUUUACGACAACUACUUCGCGGCUGCUGCGACUGAUAAUGCGAAUUUCGAGGUUUGGCCGCCGGAGAGUUUCGAGGGCAGUUUGCAUGCGUGUAUGUUGAGUAUGUGGGGGAUGCCGAUUGGGGAGCUGUGGGAUCUGGAGGGGUUGGCGGGGAUGUGCAAAGGGAGGGGCAGGUGGGAGUUUCUGCUGGUUAGUAAACCGGUGGAUGUGCCGGGGGGUGUGGGGAGUUUGCCUAAUGCUGUUGCUAUUUUUUGA